AUGAAAUAUAUCGCAUCUAGAUAUUUGUAAUUUAUAAGUUUGUUUACAUUUUGUUUAGGUUAGAGGGAAACUCCGAAUUUCAAUCAUUUUUAAUUCAACAAAGAUCGUCAAAAUGAUUCCUACAUGUGACACUUUGAGGAUUCUUCAUUUGCCUUCGCAUCUUUCCGAUGAUCGACGCGAUGUCUUGUUACAAAAAUAUGGUGCAAUAAAAACCAAAACGAUUCGACUAUCUGAGAAAUAUACUGUCACUUAUGCAAGGUUUUCGUCACAACAAUUGGCAGCAGAAGCACUGAUACGCCUCCAUCAAUUGAAUGUUCGAAGACAAUAUCUGUCGGUUCAGUAUGCCAAAAAGUCCGUGUUCACUGAAUAUCCGGAGCAAGAUAUUAACGAGUCACCAGCGAACAAUGAAGCAAAAAGAGCGGAGACUGCUAAUAAAUCUCACGUUCAAACAUUCCUACGCAAGUUAAAUAAUUGGACUAUAAAUCACGAGUUUAGUCAGCCUCCUCCGCCUAAUAUAAAAUACAAAUAUAUGCCACCGACGAAAAAUACAUUAAUAAGAAUAGCUAUACAGCUGUUAAAAGUACCAGCUUUUUAUACACAGGUAUUACAUUUAAUGAAUAAGAUGAAUCUACCACCUCCCUUUGAAGAAUUGGAGGUAGAAUUUCCUACUAUACUUAAGGAAGCAUAUGAUGUGGAGAAGUAUAAAGAUAUAUUUGAUAUAUUACAUGAACAUACGAAUGAAGACAAAGAAGAAGAAGAGGAGUCUGAAUUAGAAUCAGAUGGAGAAGACGUCAGGCCUCCAGAAAUUAUUCCUGUUAAAAGAAAGCGCCCACAAUCUACAAAACGUUUAAAAAUUCCAAAAUUUGUCAACCCUGCCAAAAUCACAGCUUCUUCAUCUACACAAAAAGUCAUCAAACCGGAAGAUAUGUUUGAGUCUGUUCAGCGUGAAGAGAUUAAAAAUCUUAAGAUUGAAUUAAAAACUUUGGAUAAAUCGUUGGACGAAGCAUCUGUGAAUAAGCAAGAUAACACUAUAGCAAUAGAUGGUGGAUUCGGUUUAAUGUCUCCAAUUAAUAAAACUACCAAAAACGCAAAGGAUAAUCAGGAAAAUGCAGAAACGCAAAAGAAUAAGUUUAUAACUUCUGAAGAAUUGGCAGCUAAUAGAAUUUCCAUUAAUGAUCAGAGAUUACUGCCAGUGUUCAAGAAUUAUCAUCCAGGCAAACCUUCCAAUCGUCUCUAUAUAAAGAACCUAGCGAAACAAGUAGAAACAAAGGAUCUGCAUUAUAUUUAUGAAAGAUAUGUUAUUGCAGGAUUGAAAGAUGUUGAAAAUGAAUAUGAUGUACGACUCAUGCAAGAGGGUAGAAUGAAGGGUCAAGCUUUUAUCACCUUACAAAAUAAUUUACAGGCCAAAAUGGCCCUCGAAGAAACUAAUGGAUAUAUAUUAAAAGAUAAACCUAUGGUUGUGCAAUUUGCCAAAGCUAAAAGUUAACAUAGAUAAUCUCUGCUCUAAUAUCAUCUUAAUUUAUUUCAUAACAUUAAGUCAUCGACAUUGUUAUAAUUAAAAAGAAAGAGAUUAUUACUGAAAAAUUUGGACAGAAACUAAAAUUUCUUAUCUAGUAUAUCCCUUUUUAAAUAUUUAGACAUGUCAUUGACCUUGUUGUUGCUUUUUCGCGAUACUGAUCAUCUGUCUCGAUUUGCGAUCGUUCAUUAUAUUCAUAUCAUCGAGCGCAGCUGUUAUCACGAGAAUUAACAAUUUGAUAAUUUUCCAUAAAUAAAAUUACAAUUAUUAAAAAUGUAAAUUAUUAUAGUAAAUCGGAUAAUUUAGCUGAAUUAGAUAAUUACAGCGCGAAGCACGCGCUUGUAUUGUCUAGUCUCGACUAAAAAGAAUUUAUUUAAAGAACAAAUAUAGAAAAAUAAAAAUAAAGAUAUAAAUGUAUAUAAUUCAAACUUGCAACAGAGUUGUAUAUCGAUAUAAUUUUAUUCAACAAUUAACAAUUAAAGAGAUACCUUAUUUGUUUCAUUUUAACGAGCAAUAAGAGUAUCAUACUACUAAGAAUGAACUUUGACAAAGGUAGCAACAGAUCUCUUGUUACUCUUCAAAAUUUUCAAUUGCAAUUUAACUAAGCAAAUAGAGCGUCCAGCGCUUUUGUGACUUCUGCGAAUAUUUCAUCUAUUGCUCCCUCCGCAUUGAUCUAAAAUAGAGUAAUUAAUUUUUGUAAGUUGAUGAAAUACCUAAUAUACAAUAGAAAUAAAGGAUAUUUAAUUAUCAAGA